AUGGAUUAUCAACUGGAGCGGCCACUUCACUUUGCAGGGGUGCUCUUGAUACUUGUGAUGAAUGGGUGCCUAGUGUUUUCUGCACCACGCCAACCAAUUACACACCAACAAAUUACUCGCCGAUUACGCAGUUUGAAAUUCUUCAUAAACGAGUUAUUUCAAGAAUAUAUUGCAUUUCAUCAAGACAGGAACACUUCAGUUCCUUCAGGGAUCCCAGAUGUUGACAUUUCUGGUGCUACUGUUGAGGAGAGACUGCAGCACAUUUACAGCAAGACCAUGCUUUUCAGAGCUCAUGUUCAUCAAGUACAACUCUACCACGAACAGAAUUGGAACAACUCCGAGAAACUUGCCACCUGCUUGAACGUCGUCCAUGUCCAAUGCCGUUAUUUCGCCUCAAGUGUCCGUAAUCUACUCAGGACUCCUGUGCCCACAGUACCAGCUCUUGAGGUCGGCCCUCACGGUAACAAAUUCCAAAUCCGAGUGUACGGCUGGGCGGUGCUGCGGCAGCUGCAGGACUGGAUCACUGCUGUGGAGACCGUUCUGACCGCUGACCUCCAGGACUCCUGA